AUGAUAUCUACGUCCCUAGAAGAGGAUAAAGUUGAGAAAUUCUUCUUCUUUAGUUUCUUCUUUGAGAAUUUUCAUUUAUUUCAUGCACGAAACUCGAAAAAAAGAUUUUCAUUUCAAAUAAAACAAAAAACGUGUUUCUUUUCUUUUUUUUCUUUUUUUUUGUCUUUUUCUUCUUAUUUUUUUCUUUUAUUGUCUUUUUCUUCUUAUUUUUUCUUUUUUUGUCUUUUUCUUCUUAUUUUUUCUUUUUUUGUCUUUUUCUUAUUAUUUUUUGUCUUUUUCUUCUUAUUUUUUAUCUUUUUCUUCUUAUUUUUUCUUUUUUAUCUUUUUCUUAUUAUUUUUUGUCUUUCUUAUUAUUUUUUGUCUUUUUCUUCUUAUUUUUGUCUUUUUCUUCUUAUUUUUUCUUUUUUUGUCUUUUUCUUCUUUUUUUUUGUCUUUUUCUUAUUUUUUCUUUUUUUUGUUUUUUUUCUUCGUAUUUUUUGUCUUUUCCUUCUUAUUUUUUUGUCUUUUUCUUCUUUUUUUUUGUCUUUUUCUUGUUUGUUUUCUUCUUUUUUUGUCUUAUUCUUCUUAUUUUUUUGUCUUUUUCUUCUUAUUUUUUUGUCUUUUUCUUAUUUUUUCUUUUUUGUCUUUUUCUUAUUUUUUGUCUUUUUCUUCUUAUUUUUUUUUUUUUUUUGUCUUUUCCUUCUUUUUUUGUCUUUUUUUAAUUUUUUUAUCUUUUUCUUAUUUUUUUUGUCUUUUUCUUCUUAUUUUUUUUUGUCUUUUGCUUCGUAUUUUUUGUCUUUUUCUUCUUAUUUUUUCUUUUUUUGUCUUUUUCUUGUUUUUUGUCUUUUUCUUCGUAUUUUUUCUUUUUUUGUCUUUUUAUUUUUAUUUUUUUGUCUUUUUCUUCUUAUUUUUUCUUUUUUUGUCUUUUUCUUUUUAUUUUUUUGUCUUUUUCUUCUUAUUUUUUCUUUUUUUUGUUUUUUUCUUUUUAUUUUUUUUUUCUCUUUUUAUUUUUUUUGUCUUUUUCUUCUUAUUUUUUCUUUUUUUUUGUCUUUUUCUUCUCAUUUUUUUUUUUGUUUUAUUUUCCAUGGCAGCAAAUUUCAGAAUUGA